GCUCAGGUCUGAGUCUUUGCAUCAGAUUCAACUCAGAUGCAACUUCACAGCAAAUCACAGCUUGGAGACCGCUUGUAGACAGCUCAAACCAAAGUACUACAUGCUUUUGACCUCAAACAAAGUCUUCCUGGACCUCCACUUUUGAAGAACACAGUUGACCAUUAACGUACAUUGGUGCACAGAUUGCACAGGAAUAAAGGGAAAUAACGUUCAGUAAUUUGCAUGGCUGCCAGAGGACUUGUCUUGAGGAUCUUUGUCCUGAUUCUAAUACUGAUUACAGAAGCCCAGAGUAAGGGCAGAAGACUGAAGAGGACUGAAGAAUGGCUAAUCCCACCAAUUGAAAUUAUGGAGAAUACAGAUUAUAAUACACGACUUCGAAAAAUUUCAAGUAGUCGAACUGAACCAGUUCGUUAUACUCUUAUAGGCAAAGGAGCAUCUGAAAUUCACCAUUUCAGAAUUGAUGAAACGACUGGUGAGAUCUUUCUCAAUGGUCAUCUUGACAGAGAGGACAUAGAAGUUUACAAUAUGACGGCACAGGCAUUUUUUUUAGAUGGAACCGCAGCAGAGGAUCCCAUUGAUGUGGAAGUAAUAGUUGGCGACCAAAAUGAUUGUGAACCCAUAUUUUAUUUUGAGGCAUCUGGUGCAACUGGGUCAAUCUUUGAAUUAAGUGCAGAAGCGACUUUGGUCAUGACAGUCACUGCCACAGAUGCAGACAAAGCCGGCACCAUUAACUCACAGAUAUCCUACACAAUUGUUGAGCAAGGCCCUCUCGGAAGCCCUGAUAUGUUUUAUAUGAACAAGGCAACAGGAGAGAUAUUUGUGAAGUUAAGCACUCUGGACCGGGAGUCCCAGGGCAGCUACAGUCUGACAGUCGCUGCAGCCGACAUGAAUGGAGGAGCUGGAGGCCUAACAGGAACUGGGAAAAUUGUUAUCGAGAUUUUGGAUGAGAAUGACAACAUUCCAACUCUGGAAAAGACCCAUUUUGUGCUCGACGUAGAGGAGAACACAUUCAAUGUGACGGUGUUGACACUGCAAGCACUGGAUGCUGACCUAAUGCAUACAGACAACUGGUUGGCCGUUUUCACCAUUGUGUCCGGGAAUGAAGAUGGAUACUUCACCAUCACCACAAACAAAAAGACAAAUGAGGGAAUAAUGGUGCUGAACAAGGCCAUAGAUUAUGAGGAACUGAAAGAGCUUGAUCUCCAGUUUUCUGUUUCCAAUGUGGCCAAGUACCACUCCUCUGUCAUCACCAAAGCCACAGAGACUAAGACCUACUCUAUCAAGGUUCGUGUCAAAAGGAAACUACAGUUUCGCUUUGAGCCUGCAGUCAAACAUGUGUCUGUGCCAGAGGACCCCGCCCUUAUGGACCUGAAGCAGAUCAUCGCCACUUACAAGGUCAUCGACAGAGACACAAUGCUGCAUGCCACCAAUGUCAUAUAUAGAAAAGGAACAGAUCAGGAUAACUGGAUUUCUAUAGACUCAAUCACCGGUGAGAUCAGACUUAACAAAGUCCCAGACCGAGAAUCCAAGUAUCUGAUCAAUGGGAAAUACUACGCUAAAAUAAUUUGUUUCACAAAAGUUGACUCCUCAGGAAGCUCCCAGACAGUUACCGGAACAAUUGCUAUUAAUGUUGAGGACUUCAAUGACAAUUGCCCAAAGCUGACCAGCACCACUCAGAAUGUAUGCAUUCCCGAUGAAGACGAUGCAGUGUAUGUCACAGCGGUAGACGAGGAUUCCUCACCACAGAACGGACCACCAUUUCACUUUGAAAUUACCCAUAACAAUGACCAGUGGUCUGUGGAGCAUCUGCCAGAGAAUGGUACAACAGUGAUCCUCCGACCCAAACACAGUUUCUUGUUUCCUGGCACAUAUAAAAUCUCCAUGGAGAUCAAAGACCAGAAGGGAAAGGCCUGCCCUGAUGAGCAGGUGUUGACUCUGGAGGUGUGCACAACAACGCGUGGGGAUCCUCGGGAUCGUCGGGUCAAGCUAGGAGUAGGAGGCAUCCUUGUUAUGCUUUUGGGAUUUAUUCUGCUAUUCUUACUGCUCCUUCUGUUGCUGUUCUGCCUGUGCCAUUCUGGAGCACCGUCGUGUGGCUUUAAGGCCAUACUCUGGACAGCUCAGGAGCAUCUGAUUGAUUAUCACACCGAGGGCAAAGGCGAAGACAAGGAUUUGCAGAGUCUGGUCCUCCCAAUAGACACCACUGAUACACGUCCAGGUAUCGUCAUACCAGGUGGCUCUACAAUAAGCAAUGUAUCACAAGGAGGCUACAUAAGCAAUGUAUCAGGAGGCUACAUAAGCAAUGUAUCAGGAGGCUACACAAGCAAUGUAUCAGGAGGCUACACAAGCAAUGUAUCCGGAGGCUACACAAGCAAUGUAUCACAAGGAGGCUACACAAGUGAAUUUGAAGGUAUUGCUCUCUCAGAGGAAUUCCUUAGGGAGUAUGUUUCAAAGAAACUCUAUACGGUUGAGGAGCUGCAGGGCGAGAAGGAAACGCUGCUGAUGUACGAGUACGAGGGCCAGGAGUCUCCGGCAGGCUCAGUGGGCUGCUGUAGUCUUCUGGAGGACGACAAUGACCUGGCCUUCCUCCAUGACCUGGGACCCAAAUUCAAGACUCUGGCUGAAAUCUGUGUUGGCAGGGAAAUUGUCGUUGAGUCCAGCACUGUCACUGUCACAGCCCCUCAACCCCCGUACCAUGUGAUCCAGCCUCCCAGUCAUCCCCUUCCACACGGGACCAUUGACUUUGACUCCAGCACCGUGACUGUCAUAGCUCCUGCUCCUCCACAGCCGGCUGUGACAACCCAUGUGUCAUCCCAUGUGUCAUCCCAUGUGGAUAUCAGUAGAGACAUUACCAACAGCAUCAGUGCUGCCAGAGCUGAGGCCAGCAGCUUGGCUACUUCCUCCUCUUUGCUCCAGGAAAGCAUCAUCUCGUCUGGACGCCCUGCUACCACCACCGUACACGUUAAGGAGAACGUUGUGGUCCCCACCCAAACGCUUCUCAUCCAGCAACCAACUCUUUACUGUGCUGCUGCACCACCUAUGUAUGUUGUGGACCCACAGCCCCAUCAUACCCUGAUGUUGACGCCUGCUGUCAAUGUGGGUCAAAACCUGGUGAUGGUAGAGAGCAAUGCCACCAGUCAGCUGCAGGGGAUAAGUCAGGGUGUGGUUGGCAUGGGCAACAUACAGGGAGCCCACGGCUUGGUUCUGGUGGAGGGAAUCACCUCGGCUGCUGGUGAGCAGCAAGUUAUUGGCACAUUAGGCAAAAGGCAAGUGGUCACAGUCGAGACACAGCAAGGCACCAGAAGUGGCUUUGGGACAGGAAUUGGCCACAGUGCGACUUUAGGCUUAGGUAGUGCUUCACUGGCAGAGACAGCAGUGUCUGCUGCAAGUGGCAGGCUUCAUCAUGAAGCCAGUGGAGGAUUGAUUCAGGUUAUCCCAUCACAAGCCAGCGCAAGUCAGAGUGUAGGGCUGAGAGGUCAAAGUGCACCGUCCUUCUGUGUGAUGCCUGAGACAGUGUUUGACAGCACACACAAAGUUGUCGUACAGGAGAAUGUUUCGGUCACUGAGAGAACCAUGCAGUCAAGUGGCAUAGCAUACAAUGCAACUUAAAACUAACUUUUGCCUUAGUGCAGAAGGCCUGAUACAAAAAGUUAUUGAGUAUAAAGUAACCAAAACAUUGAUCUAUUUUGUGGCGGUUACCACACCUUCAUGUGGUUUAUAUUGCCUAUAUUGUAGAGAAGGAGGCAUAUUGUCGUCUAUUAACACAGUGUUAAGACAUUUAUGGAAGAAUAAGUCAUGAAUAUCAACAUGUAUUUGGCAAAUAAGGCAUCUCAAGUAAAUGGAUGUCAAAUUAUUUAUGAAAAUGUAUAAUGUUGUCUGGUGUAUUGCAUAUGUUUAUGAAUAGUCAGUAUUACUGCAAAGUAGUCUUAGAAGGUUAGAAGGAGCUCCUGACACCUGAACAAUUACAUACAUUCACAAAUCUGUGAUCGUGGGGCCAAGACCGUUGAGUCCAGCACUGUAUCUCUCACACCCCCUACACAGCCCCCUGCAACUCAUGUGGUAAUUUCUUCUGCUCAGAAAUACUGUAGCCGAAGCUAUUUGAAAGGGAAUCCAAAAUGUGGAUUGUCAUGAUAGACGGAGGCAGGUUCAAGUUUUUGUGUCCAAAGGGAAAGAAGCCUUUGAACAAGAGAUAGUAUUACGUCUUAUGUACAAUUUCUGCUGUGGUUGUUAUAUAGAUAGAUUUGUGUUUUAUGUUUAUCUGUGCCUAUCAUCUUUUUUUAUUUCUUUGUUUAAUUAUGUUUCAGUUCAAUUAUUUACCAAUGUUGCUCCAUUUAUGUUAUCUUUUACUUUUUUAUGAUUUGAAUUUGCAUGCAGUAGUCUUGUGCUCGUGUCUAUCAGCAUGAUUUGGAUUUGGUUUUCUUUUCUUUUCUUGCAAGGAGGAGAGAAUUUGUCACUGUACAGAAAUAGUUGAGAAUUAGCUUUUGUUGUUUUUUUAUCUAGUUUCUAGUCCAUGGUGAAAUAAAUCAAUUUCUCAUUUAAAUGUGUCAUUUGCUUCUUAAAUGUAAAAAAGAAAGCAGUUGAGGAAAACAACCAAAAAUAAUUAUAUAUCAUUUAUGGCCCAUCUCUCUGUGAUAGAUGGAGGUGACCAAACAGAGAGCGUGAGAGAAUUAUGGUGUGAUCACUGUGCUGUGUUGACAACAGUAACAUUGUAGAUACUUUUUUCAAUAAAAUGGGUGUCUUUUUGUGGAAGUCUUCCUUGUGAAGCAAAUUGUUGUUCUG